CAACAGUGCUGCUGGAGUUUUUGCCCACAGGACGCUGUGGGCUGGACAGUUUCGGUUGGUGGACUAUUCUCAGUCCAGAAGUGACACUGAUGAGUUUAAACUCCAGCAGCACUGCUGUGUCUGAUCCACUCCUACAAUGUAUGAGAGAUAUUACGCUAUUUGAUUUCUCAGCGUGAAGAAAAAGAAAACGCCCCAAAGCAGAGAGAAGGAGAGACUCACAUUUACUGCUUCAUUAUGAAGUAGUUAGUUAGUGGACAGGUUUAGGUUUUUAAGUCUGCUGUGUUAUUUUUCCUUUUCUUUGUGCGUCUCAGCGUCUGAUGUUUUGUCGUUUACCGUUGUGUCUGUGGUGAGCAGGUGCUUUAUAGUGAAGGUGCUGCAGUGUUUGUUGUGUUUAUGUGAAUUUAGUGCUCUAUUGUUUUGUAUCAGGACAGAAGUGCUGGAAUACGUGAUCAGCACUGCUGUUAGGAGUAGCCUAUAGCAAUGGUCAUGGGCUUUGCUAGGCUCGUUUUAGGGUUUAGCUAAAUGUUAUUCCCCCUUCCCAAAUAAAUCUACUAUUAAACUAAAUCUACUAGAUCAAAUCACCUAUAAUGUAUUCUCAUUCAUUCUGUGCCAGCGCGUCUCCAAAAUCACAAUAUACUGUGAUAGCAGGGCGUGACCUGGGGGAGGCGCUACCUCUGCUGUGCUACCAGACAGAGCUACAUGACAGAGCUCUACCAGAGAACUUGUAGAGAGGAGAAUUACCACUCUGUAAGGUCUUCUGGGUUUCUUAAACGCUAGAGGGCGCUCCCGAGCAAAUCCAAAAUGAACAAGUUCAGAUGGAGCAAUUGAGUUUUUAAAUGCUUAAACAUUUUAAAUGUAAAAGAAAGUAAUCAUUUCCUGAAAAGCAUAAAACAUUUAACCAUUGCUGUUAUAUUUUAAGAGCUUUUAAACUCGAGCUAUAGCAGUUUAAAGCUCCACCUCAUAUACGUCCAUGACGUACAGUAUGUGAGCACGAACAGCCACAACAAUGAGCUGCUCUCGCCAACCAAUCAGCACUCAGCAGCAGUAAUUUUAGCAGUAAUAAGUUGUAAGCCAAUCAUAUCAGGCCUGGAGCAGAUCUCUGGUUUUACUCGCUCUCUCUUUAGCGACCGCUAAAGCUGUGACAGGAUGUGGACUAAAAACUCACUAUAAAAUAUAUAUACCAUGUAGUUAUAGAGUGAAUAUACCCAACUACAGUAUGGAUUUGUGGCAGAUUACAGUCAGUAUAGCUGGUAUCGGGUUUUUACUGGAUAACUUUGGGUUUGAAGCAAAGAAAAGCGGUUAGGCUAAAACAAACAUUAGCUAGAGUUAGCUAGCUGACAAGCCGUCUAGUUUAACUUCAUUUUUAGUGGGAAUGUGAGAGAAACAGAGAUUGAAAUAAUGUCAUUAACAGCGCUUUAUAUUCUUUGCUUUUAUAGUUCUGACACCAGUAUUUACCAUAUAUUGUCAUUUACAGUAAGUUAAUCUCAGUUAAAAGUUCAUACAGUGUUGAUCAUAAUGCAGUUUUAUAUCCCUCUGUUUGUGAGAAGGGUCUCCUCAACCAGUCGGCCUCAGGCCAGUCAGAUAAGAAGAUUUUUAUGAGUUAAAACUCACACAAAAAACAAUAAAACUAAAAAUAAUAAUAAUAAUUCAGUUAGGAAAGCAGCGAUUCACGCUCCUGUUUGUGUGGUGUUUAUGUGUAGAUCUGGCUGUGUGGCUGGUGAAGCUCAGAGAACCUGUUGAUGUGAUUGUUCUUCAUCUAGUUUUAUAUUCAGCUGAUUUCAUUUGAUACAUUUCAUUCAGUGGGUCUUAAUAUGGACGUUAGUUCCGUGUUUACAGUGAUGCUUAAAGCUUUGUAGCGAGGUAAAUUAUAGCAUUAUUUAAUCCGUGUAGAUAUUCAUAACAGUUUAUGAACACAUUAAGCUGAAGUUAGCUUCAUAUUUGCCCCUUCUUGUUUGAAUUUUCCCGUUCCACCUUAAAUGGUGCAGCUUCGGGCACCAGAGAGUGAUAUGAAGCCAAACUCCAGCCUAAUCCCUUUUACUGUGUUUUGGGGGGUUGUUUUAUUUGUAUGUGUAUUAAUUUUAACAGUGAUUCACACAUUGAGGAUUCGCUGAUGGUGAGAUUAUGUUUGUAGCGGAUCUCGCGAUAAACUCGUUGUCAUCGUCAGGCUGAGUCUCUUCCCGCUGGUCCGGGCGGCUAAUUAGCCCGAUCAGUUAUUACAGCAUUAAAAGCUACCGAGAGCGGCUCCGUGCAGCCCGGAUUAACCGCUGUCUGAGGAUUAUACCCAAGCGAGUGUGGUGAAAUCGGCUGAGUCGUAAGGAAGUCGUGGCCGAUUAAAUCCUGAGACUCAUCGCCUCUCAGUACCAGUGAAUCUGGACACAACAUGGCGGACGCGCAGACGCAGCGCCUCAGAGAAACAGACACCGCCGCAUCUGUGUGUCUCUAUGCCGGCACCUCCGGCACAACUUAAGGUGGAACGGGAAAAUGUGAACGAGAAGCUGCUGAAGGACGAGCUGACUUUCGCCUCGUAAAGAGACGAACGCUGAGGGAGGAGAGAAAAGCAGCUUAGCUGAGCUCAAACUUAAAGCAGAGCGAAGUCAGUCUGUGUUUUCGGUUCUCUUAUGUUUUUAGACUGUAGUAGGACUUUAACACACACUGAGACAUAUUUACAAAAGACCUCGCAGAUCCAGCGAUAUUCGGGAGAAAAAUGUGCACAGAACAAAACAUUUCGGGUUCUGAACAGUUUUAUUAACACCGGGUGCGACAGAGGCGAUGUUUCUAAAACCCCAUUCAUUCUGGCCGCAGAGGAAUCGAGCUCAGACCUGGAGCUCCUCUUAUGGGCAGAACGCGGACUACAAGUGCCUGCUUAUAGUUGCUAAGCAACGAUGGAUGGGGCGGGGUCUAAUAGUCGAUUGCGUCAUAACUAUCGCGUCACAAUGCGCAUAAACGUCAUAUAAAGACUUCGCUGUCCAUCACUGGGUCAUUACGCUUUUGGCGAGACGGUAAGUAGAAAAGCUCUGCUGCUUCAAAUAAUAGAAACUGUGAAAACUGUAAUAUUAUAUUCACAGUAAUAAAACAGUGAAUAUUUGUAGGUUACACUGUAUAAAUAUUUAGGUUUUAAAUAUUAUUAGUCAUUAUAAUUUAGCCAGUAUAUUAAUAUUAGCAGGUCAGUAAAGCGCUGUUGGACAGAAUGUUCUCUGAGUGAAUUUUGACUGUGGUCUACACUUUGUUAAACAGGAACUGCGAGCUGUGAAUCUCUCUUUUGAGCACAACACUUGGUUUUUCUAUCCAUCAGGUAUGUUUAAUUCAUUGUUUAAUAAGCUUUAUUCCUGACUGUAGCAGUCUGUGAUUCUUGUUGGAUUCAAAUUGCUAACUUGUGUUAAAACCACUGUAACGCUCAGCUUCUCACGGCUUUUUUCUUUAUUAUGAAGAAGAUAUUUCUGGCUCUGAAAUCUGAUUAGAUGAUUGGCGUCUGACACCAUAGUAGAAUAUUUGACGCAUACGCACAAAUGACCACACACCAAUUGAAUUUUGGUUUUAAAAGUCUUUUAGUCAGUUUUAUGUAACAGUUUAAUGUAAUAAUGUAAUAAAUCAAUUCUAUAAAAAUGUAGUGAAGCUUUUCCUGUAAAAUGGAGUUCCUGUGGUGAAGCCCUGUCCUCUGAUGUCGUAGCUCUACUAUAGAGAGCUUUGAACUGAAACUGCUGAGUGGUCAUAUUUCUACAAGUGCAGUGAAAGAUCAGUAUUUUAGCAUUAUUGAAUCAUGAAACCACUAAUAGAGCGUUAAAGAUACAGUACUAUAGUUCUAUAGUGUAGUAUGUUAUGUUAUACUGUUAUGAUAAUGUAACAUGUUAUAUUAUACUAAGCUGGCAUUAUCUUUGCUGACUCUCUCCUUCAAUUUAGAAUCAUCUAUAACUCUGUCCAUCAUUUCUAUCUAAAUGUUUUCAUGUUUAUUUUAAUGCUUUAUCACUUCCUGUAGGUGAUGUUAAACCUGUGUAGUUGCGCCACAUUAGAAUAUCAGAAUAAUUUUGUAUGUAUUUACUGGCUGAAUUAAAUUAAAGUGUCUUAAUUGUAUUUUUCUUCUUGAAAACAUUGAUGUCGUAUUUAAUGAUUCCAACGUUUUGAACGUUUCAGCGUCAGAGUGUUUCAGACAUGAAGGCGACGCUGCUGGUGCUGCUGUUGUCUGUCCUGGCCGUGAUGGUUACCUGUGACCUUCAGCAGUCAGAGUGGGGAGCUGGUCCAGGCUGUCCUCUGGGCAAAAGGCUGGCGUUUGACCUCAACACCACGCUUGAGGAGAGCAAACGCCUAAAUAACGAAUACUUUGACUGCCCGAACCCAGAACCUGGCAUGCCCUGCUUCUACUACAGUCACGGUAAGAAUCCGCUCUCACUGCAGACUCUGCUGGGGAGGAUUUCACCAAGGAGGAUUUCUCCAUAAGCUGCACAGCUUAAGCCCAAAGUUGAGCUUUAUCCAGGAGGAGUGUCCCUUACCUCCCUUCCCUCUGGACAGCCCUCACUCUUGACCUCAAUGAUGUGGCUGACUGAGAUAUCCUGCUUUGUGAAAUAACCUCUAUCUGAUGCUGCUUCACAUCUCUCUCUCUCUCUCUCUCUCUCUCUCUCUCUCUCUCUCUCUCUAUCUGAUGCUGCUUCACACGCUCAUCAGAUUUCUGCUGCUUUGUAGCUGAAACCUGAUUAAUCAGUUAGCUAAGCUGAUCUUUUAGUGUCUUCAUAACGUUUUCCCACACUGUAAAACUAGUACAUUAAACAUCUCUCUCUCUCUCUCUCUCUCUCUCUCUCUCUCUCUCUCUCUCUCUGUAGUUUUCUACCCCUUCUUUGUUAUUGAGGACACUGUGGUAGGAGAGUCUGUCAGUUUCCUUGACAGCUACACUUUUAAAGUAGUCGGUGGGGGACGUACAAGAGAAAGCAUACGUCAUUACAGUCAAGAGGAGAUCCUGAAGUUUAACAGCCUCAACGACAGUGAGAGCUCUCAGCAGACUCUUGUGUGGACGUAUGAAGACAUUCCGGACUCUUUCCCUCUGACUAAAGAGGGCUUCAUAGUCAUGAGCGGCGCCUCCAACAGGGUCAGAUGGCUGUGUCAGAGGAACUCUCCCUGUGGUGAUCUGACACCUAGAAAUCUGCUGGAUCCGGAUUUUUUCUUCAUUAUUGAGGUCUCCAACAAGGAAACUGCUAGCAGCACAUUCUGUGAACACACUGUACGUUUUGAGCUGCAUGUUCAUGGGUUUCCUCUGGAUCCAGUGAGGGGGCUGUUCUUCAUGCAGAUGACCAUGAUAGCCAUUCAGAGCAUCCUGGUAUGUUAUGUCGUUCAUACCUGCUGCAAGCUGAGACGAAAGACCAAGUACACCAAGGAGGCUGGUGAUCUGAUGGUGAAGGUUGGGUGGACGCUGCAUUCCUGCUUUCUGCAGCUGUACCGCAUCAUCUUCCGCAUCGUCCAGAACCCCAUGUUAGAUCAUUUUAUCAUGGUGGUGGUGCUGCUCGAUAUGGGCACGCUGAUGGCCCAGACCUUCCAGGGCGUCACUGUCAGGACAGGUUGGUGUCUCUCAGCAGUGGACAGCUGUUUGCUGGUCUUCUAUGUCAUGGAGGCUGCGUUUAAGAUCCUGGUGUGGGGACGUACAUACUUCAGGAACCCCUGGAAUGAUUUGGAUUUCUUUAUUGUGCUGCUGAGUUUGGUGGACUUUACGCUGUCACUGGUGCAGGCUGCAGGAGGCCUUAGCAGUAGACAGGCCUCCACUCUCUUCCGGGUGCUCAAGACUGUGAAAGGAGCCCGAGUAUUCAGAGCUUUGCGUUUGCUCAAAGCCAUCCGCUUCUUCAAGGGUCUCCAGGCCAUCCUAUUAAGCUGCCUUCAGUCUUUCCGGUCCAUGAGCUCCAUCAUCAUCCUGAUGUUCCUGUUCCUGUUUAUUUUUUCUGUGGUAUUCCGGGAGACGUUUAAUGAGUCGGACCCGGAACACUUCGGAAACAUAUUCAGGACCGUCUUCACCCUCUUUCAAAUCCUUACGCUGGAUGACUGGUCCCUGAUCUACAUGACCAGCAGAGACAACGGAGCCCCUCACAUCAUUUACUUCCUUUCUCUGUACAUCUUGGUGGAGCUCUUCACAUUCUUGAAUCUCUUCAUUGCAGUGUUAGCGGACAACUUCCAGCUGAGCAUCCGCAAAAGGAGGCAUCUCAAGAGUCAAAAGUCUCCAGAUGUGAACGAGGGUGAAAUUCAGUCCACCAAGAAGGUAGUAGAAGUCCUGGAGAUGAGUCAGUCUGAGAUAGAGGAGGAACUCUACAAGGAGGCUCUCAGACAGGCUUCUAGUGAAAGCAAACACAGCAAGAGGAAGAUCGAAUUGAUUAACAGGCAUCUGCAAUUACUGGCCGCCAUGGACCAGCACAUGCAGAAAUACAGAUCACAAGCCUGUUUGCUGGACAAUCUUGUGGAAACCUUCUUUACGGUGAGGAGCUUUUCUACAUACAUGCCAUUAUGAUCAGCUCGACUACCAAAAAGAUGUGUUGCUGGUGUUAAACACUGUUAAAGUUCUUUAACAUUCAGAGUUCAGUCUGCAGCUUUAGUACACAAACAUUAUUCAGCUGGAUAUGAACUGUACUCGUCUUUACUGCUCACAUAGAAGUUACUGACACAGUUAUUGUUGUUUCAGGACCGGGAUGAGGAGACCAAAACUGACACUGUUCAGUAACAUCAGACCUGCAGACCUCCAGCUUCCACCAGCCCAUUCCAGUUCAGAGCAACAUCCACCAAAUACACACACACAAGCAAGAACACCCUUAAUCACCAAUAAAGCCUGAAAGCAGAA